CUUGACAUUUACCGCAAGCAAAAGACUGCUCCAAAUUUUGACAUCCUGUCUGAUGAGAUGGAUCAUUUAUUACCAAUAACACAAAAAGAAAUUGUCGAGCCUUUGGCUUUUGUUCCUCCUGAUGCAGAAGAAGAGACUGUCCUUGGAGAUAUAUGGAAGGGACAAGCUACAAGCAGUGGAGUGCUGUAUAACUCAUAUAGAGACACAAGUGAAGGGAAACAAAGUUCCUUGGUUAACAGUGAGGAUAAUGUUGAUUCUGGUGAGAAGACUGAUGUAAACAAUAACCAUCUAGGGAAGCAUUCUGAGACAUAUGUGACCGGUUCACAGACAACUGUGACCAAGGAAUUGAAUAGUUCAAAAGGUGGGCUGAGAUGUCUGUCACCAUCUGACAUAGAUGUAACCCGUGCUUUGGUAUUAGAUAGGGAGAUUGGCGGGUCCAUAAAUGAUGCUGAUGAAAUAAUUUCUUUUGAUAAUGGACAAGUCACUGAUUUAAAAAUGCGAAAACAUGCUACGUUGGAGGAUAAUGAAUCAUCCAUGCAAUUUGGAGUGGGCAGCAAGCUUCCUGAAGACUCGAGUUCUCUAUUUGAUUUUUCGUCAUUACAACAUUCUCUACGCCCUAACCAGAUAAAUAUUAACGGCAAUAAUGAGGCACAUUCGUCGGAAAGUGUUGUCCCUCCUGAGGAUUUGAGUUUGUUCUAUCUUGAUCCUCAAGGGGAAAUUCAGGGACCAUACCUAGGAAUUGACAUGAUUACAUGGUUUGAGCAAGGUUAUUUUGGUACAGACUUACCUGUUCGAUUGGCUGAUGCUCUGGACGGAUCACCUUUCCAGGAACUUGGUGAAGUCAUGCCACACCUAAGAAUGAAUUAUGGCUCUGCAUCCGGUGAUAAUGUGGUUACGAGAGUGCAAUUACCUGUUUCUUUUGAAGGGAGCUUGGGAGAGACUGUAUCUUCUGCUUCUGCUCCUGAGUCGAAGGGUCUUCCAUUGGAUGUGACCAGCUGCGGACUUGGUCUGCUGUUGAGGCAUCUGGUACUGAGCUUCAGUUAAGACAACCUACUCAAAGCUAUCAUUCUGAGCAUUCUGAAGAUCAGAGCCUCCUUAAAUUCGCUGAUGCACAGGAAGAGGAAAUAUUUUUUUCUGGAAGUUCCAGAAGUGCUGGUGUUGAUCCUGCAAGCCAUUUGUCCAUUACAGAUGAAUUCUUGAAAACCAAUUUAACUUCUCAUCAAGAAGAUGAGUUACAUCCCUUUGGGUUGUUGAUGUCUGAGUUGAGGAGCCCAUCUGGUUUGAAGAGUCUUCAAUCAUCUAAUAUAGAUUCCUACAUAGGUGAUAGGGGGAAGUUUUUAGAUCCUUUGCUUGAUAGAGAGACGAAUUUUACUGGAACUACUGGUGGCCGGCCAUCUCACAGGGAGCAAGAAUAUGAUGGUUUUGGCUUGUUACAGCAGCUAAUGUCACAAAAGUUUCCCAAUGAACCACUUCAAGAG